GAUGGGAAAGUAAGCAGAUGGUUGAAAAGACAUGCAAAAUUGGACCGAGGAUGAAGCGGUUCGGUUUUAGUGAACCGAGCGAUGCCGUGUUAGUAAGAACAUUCCGAGAAAAGUUACAAGCGUUUCCCCUCAACUUAAACGCGCUUCCCAGUCUGCAACCCUCAUUCAUCUCUCUAUAAGAAGGGGCGCACGGUGAGCUCCAUUGCUGCAUUACGAGUUCUUUGCUCAUAUUCUCAUCUGCUACUUCCCACCGUUUCUUCUUUUGCUAGUGUUGUUCAUACACAUUUACUUCUUUUGCAUUCAUCAAGCAGAGUAACGUGAAACUCCGUUCAGAGAUGUCACAGAAGAGCUUUGCCGACGACCCGUGAUCCAUCAUCUUUAUAAGAAGGGGCGCACAGCGAGCUCCAUUGCUGUAUAACUAGUCUCAUAUUCUCAUCUGCUACUUCCCACCGUUUCUUCUUUUGCUAGUGUUGUUCAUGCGCAUCUACUUCUUUUCGAUUCAUAAAACAGUGGAUCAACGUGAAACGCCAUCCAGAGAUGUCACAGAAGAGCUUUGCAGAUGAGCCGGAUAUCGAGUCUCAGCAAGAGAACCUCCUCGUCAAUACUGGUGGAGCCCCGAGGAGACGGUGGCAACGGGUCUUCUUGGUCCUGAAGACAAGUUCAAUUCUCAUUUCGACAACAAAAAACACUGCGAUUAAGGCAUGUGCGGUUAACGAUCAAGAUGUCGAGUCGCAGCAACCGACUCUCCUCAAUACUGGCAAAACCCUGAGGAGACGGUGGCAUUUGGUCUACUUGGUUGUCAAGACUCUCCGGGUCAUCGUUUCGACAGCAAAUAAUGCUGUGGCGGAGACACAACUUGAAAGCACAGAAUUACCGAAUACUGGGGAACCAGAGCCAACACAUGAAUUGUUCAUCAAUUCUGGGCACAACAAUCAUGAAAAUAUUGCUAGGAUGAUAAUGGAAAAGGAUUUGACUAGCUUACAAGAAUUUGGAGGUGUCCAAGGGGUAGCAGGGGCUCUCAACAGUGAUAUGGUCAAUGGAAUUCCAGGUCAUGAGGAGGACCUCCAUCACCGACGCACCGCAAUCCUUAAACCCAAAUCGGAGGCUCAUAACAGAAACUUCAUCCACUUCCUCAGGAAAUCUUGCAAUAGCAGCACCAUUUUCCUCCUCCUGAUUUUGGCCAUUCUGUCAUUUGCCUUUGGGAUCAAGGAGAAAGGGCUGAGAACAGGCUGGUAUGAAGGGGCUCUUACACUAGGUGCUGUGAUUCUGAUCGUGAUAGUCUAUUCAAUUUGUGAAUUUCGGAAUGAAAGUUCACGUCAGCUGUCAAGAAACCAGCUUUGGCAAAAUGGGGAACUGAAAGUUCAUGUUUUAAGAGGGGGAUGCCGUCAAACCAUUUGCAUCUCCGAUGUCCUCUUGGGAGACAUUGUGCUAUUAGAGAAGGGAGACCAAGUUCCUGCCGAUGGUUUGCUCAUACACACUGUAUCCUUGGAAGUGAAUGACAAAGCUGAUCCCAUCAUCAAUGAUCAGAAUCCAUUCUUGUUUUAUGGUUCCAAAGUAACUGAUGGUACUGGAAAAAUGCUGGUGACCUCAGUUGGUGCCGAGACAAAGUUGGUCAAUAUGUUGAGCAAAGCUCCACCAUCAAAAAAGACAACAGUAGAGGAGCAACUCAACAAGCUCAGCACUUCGAUACAAAUAAUCAGUAUUGUCAUCUCAAUAAUCAUCAUUGCGGUGUUGUUUUUGCGGUUCAAGCUCAAGAAGAAGUAUGAUAACUCGGGGCCGCCAGAUUUCCCAGGGAAGUCACAUCCUCUGAAGGGAUUAAAUGAAGCUAUAAAGAGAAUUUUCCUGAGACCACGAGGGAUGUUAAAUACGUUGACCUCUUCAUUUACUUUGCUACUAGUUGGAAUAGCCGAAGGACUACCAUUAGCAAUCACUAUUGCCAUCACUUGCUGGAACAAGAGGAUGCUGGGUGACAAGACCUUUGCUCAAGAACCAUCGAUUGCUGUCACCAUGGCAUCAGUCACCAUUAUUUGCACCGACAAACUGGGGGGACUAACAUUGACCCCACAAGAAGUUGAAAGAGAACAGUCGAACCCCAGUGGAUGA